UAAAUCUCACGGCAAAUCCCUUUAGCUGACUUGGCUUGACUGAUCUUUGCGGGAGGUUUCAGGAAAUGCAGCAGGUGGAGGAGCGGGAGGAGUCAGCUGCGGAGUGCCGUGAGUGUCUGUGGACCUCCACGGAGACCUACUGUCAGGUGUACCGGGGGUGGGGGGCAGGUGCUGCCGCCCGCGGUCACCUUUGACACGUCUGACCCCCGUGUAUGUUUUUGUUAGCUUCCCUGGUUAGCUCAAGACGGAGCGUCUUGGAGUCGGACACGACAGCAACCGCUGCCUUCCUGAACACCGUCAAGUGCAGCCAUGGAUGACAACGACGCCAACGUAAAGGUCGCGGUUCGAGUGCGACCCAUGAACAGGAGAGAAAAAGACCUAAAAACAAAGUGUGUGGUGCAAAUGGACGGAAACCAGACAAUUCUGCAUCCAGCCAUGACUAAUCUGAAUCAAGGAGAUCCUCGGAAUCAACCAAAGGUUUUUGCGUUUGAUCACUGUUUUUGGUCCAUGGAUGAAUCCCAAAAAGAGGAGUUUGCAGGUCAGGACGUGGUGUUCCAGUGCCUUGGAGAGAGUCUGUUGGACAACGCCUUCAUGGGCUAUAACGCCUGCAUCUUUGCCUAUGGACAAACCGGUUCUGGGAAGUCGUACACCAUGAUGGGCUCCAGCGAACAGCCCGGCCUGAUCCCUCGCCUCUGCAGCUCCCUGUUCAGCCGGACUGUAAAGGAGGCCCGCGAAGGAGAAACCUUCACCGUGGAAGUGUCCUACAUGGAGAUCUACAACGAGAAAGUCCGGGACCUGCUUGACCCCAAAGGGAAUAGACAGACACUGAAAGUGAGGGAGCACAGCGUUCUGGGGCCUUACGUUGACGGUUUGUCUCGGCUGGCUGUGACUAGCUACAAAGAUAUAGAAUCUCUGAUGUCUGAGGGCAACAAGUCUCGCACGGUUGCAGCGACAAACAUGAACGAGGAGAGCAGCAGGUCACACGCCGUGUUCAUCAUCAUCCUCACACACACCCUCAUGGACCUGCGCUCCGGGACGAGCGGGGAGAAGGUCAGCAAGCUGAGCCUGGUGGAUCUUGCCGGAAGUGAGCGAGCUGCAAAGACCGGUGCAGCAGGGGAGAGGCUGAAAGAAGGCAGCAACAUCAACAAGUCUCUCAGCACACUGGGUUUAGUUAUCUCCGCCUUGGCGGAUCACGGAGCAGGAAAGAACAAGAGCAAGUUUGUUCCUUACAGAGACUCUGUGCUCACCUGGCUGCUCAAGGACAGCCUUGGAGGAAAUAGUCGGACCGCCAUGGUUGCCACGAUCAGCCCAGCGGCGGACAACUACGACGAAACGCUUUCCACCCUGCGUUACGCCGACAGGGCCAAGAACAUCAUCAACCAUGCUGUGGUGAACGAAGACCCCAACGCCAGAAUCAUCCGGGAACUCCGAGAGGAAGUGGAGAAACUGAGGGAGCAGCUGACUGUAGCUGAGUCGAUGAAGGCUCCUGAGCUGAAGGACCGCCUGGAGGAGUCUGAAAAACUCAUUCAGGAAAUGACCGUCACCUGGGAGGAGAAACUCAGGAAUACUGAAGCUGUUGCACAGGAGCGGCAGAAGCAGCUGGAGAGCCUUGGCAUCUCGCUCCAGUCAUCAGGCAUCAGAGUUGUGGACGACAAGUGCUUCCUGGUCAACCUCAAUGCUGAUCCAGCCCUGAAUGAACUCCUGGUCUACUAUCUAAAAGAGCACACGCGUGUGGGCUCAGCCGACUCGCAGGACAUCCAGCUGUGUGGGAUGGCCAUUCACGCUGAGCACUGUGUCAUCGACAUCACAGAGAACAACGGCGUGAUGCUUACUCCUCACCGCAACGCUCGGACAUGGUUAAAUGGCGUUGCAGUCAGCAGUCCGGUGCAGCUUAACCACGGGGACCGGAUCCUGUGGGGAAACAACCACUUCUUUAGGAUCAGCUUGCCCAGGCAUCUGGCCCAAACGGGGAAAGAGGACGAGGCUGGAGCAGCACUAAAGACCUGUCUGAGCACUGAUCAGCUGGAGCUGGAUGUGGAUGCGCUCAGCGACGUGUCGAGUGAACGGAGCUUCGGCUUCGAGUUUGCCCAGAGGGAGGUCAUGAUGAAAGGCAUGGGCAGCAAUGACCCCUUACAAUCAGUGUUGCAGACUUUGGAAAGGCAGCACGAGGAAGAGAAACGCACCGCCCUGGAACGCCAGAGGCUGUUGUACGAGCAUGAGCUCCAGCAGCUCCGUCAGCAGCUCACCCCUGACAAAUCCCCCAACUUUCGGGAUGCAUCAGGGCUCCCUGUUGGUGCGUCUGCAUCUAUGACAUCAUUCGGCCCUCAGAAGCGCAUGCGGCGCUGGAGUGAAGACAGAGAGGCCAUGAUGACUCGCAGCCUUCUGCGUCUGAGAGAGCAGAUCGUUCGGGCCAAACAGUUGGCCCAAGAGGCCAGCUUUAUUGCUGAGGAGCUCAACAGAAAGACAGAGUAUCAGGUCACUCUGCAGAUCCCUGCAGCCAACUUAGAUGCCAACAGGAAGAGAAAUGCCGUUCUAAGCGAACCGGCCAUCCAGGUCCGGCGUAAAAGCAGAGGAAUGCAGAUCUGGGCUCUGGAGAAGCUGGAGAACCGCCUGGUGGACAUGAGGGAGCUGUAUCAAGAGUGGAAGGACUGCGAUGAAGAUAAUUCUGUGAUGCGGUCUUAUUUCAAACGGGCCGACCCGUUCUUCGACGAGCAAGAGAACCACAGUCUGAUUGGAGUGGCCAACGUUUUCCUGGCUUGCUUGUUCUAUGACGUCAAGCUGCAGUAUGCAGUGCCCAUCAUCAACCAGACAGGAGAGGUGGCCGGACGUCUGCAUGUUCAGGUUUGGAGAGGCAGAGAGGACGAAGGUCCUGGACAUGUUGAUGAUCUGCUGAGCAGCACUAACGGAGACUCUCAGGAGCGCAAACUGAACUGUGUGGUGAAAAUCCUCCAGGCCACAGGUCUUCCUCGCCACCUCUCCAACUUUGUCUUCUGUCAGUAUCAUUUCUGGGGGCAGGAGGAGCCUGUGUUCACCGUCCCCGAGGUGACGCCGUCCAGCUCAUCCUCGGCAACAGCAGCUUCCAAAGACCCUCAGUGCAAUGUGGUCUUUGACUCUGCCAAGGAGUUUUCUCUUCCAGUGUCGGAGGACUUUGUGGAGUUUUUGGCUGAGGGGUCGGUGGCUAUUGGAGUGUAUGGCCACAAACAGGCCAACUACCGCAGGAACCUGGCACUCUGGGAUCUGGGAGUGAUCCAAGCCAAGACCAGAUCCCUCAGAGAGAGGUGGAGCGAGGUGACCCGGCAUCUGGAGCUGUGGGUGCAGCUGAUGGAGCUGACUGAGGCGGGGGAGUUCACUCCUGUAGAAGUUCUUCCUGCUGGUGAUGUCCGCACAGGAGGGAUCUUUCAGCUCAAACAGGGUCAGUCCCGACGCAUUCGGGUGGGGCUGCAUUCGGUACCAGACUCGGGCACCAUGCCUCUCAUCACAGCCUCCAUCCUGUCUGUGUCUGUCGGGGAUAUAAGAGUUCAACAAGUGCGUCACGUCAAAAGUAGACCACAGUUGGAUGAAGACAUGGACAGCUAUCAGGAGGUGGACCUGGAGAGGAUGAGACAACAUUGGCUGGACAUGAUCACUCAGAGGCAGGAGUAUCUGGACCAGCAGCUGCAGAAGACGGUCUCCAAACCAGACAAGUCUGAGGAGGACGUUGAGAGGGAAUCCCAGCUGUUGGAGUGUCGUCUGACCCUCACUGAGGAACGAAACGCUGUUCUGGUGCCGAUGGCUGGCAGCGGCAUCCCCGGGGCGCCAGUUCAAAGACUUCCUGUUCCAGGGAUGGAAACUCACGUUCCUGUGCUAUUCUUGGAUCUCAGUGCUGAUGAUUUCCAGUCCAGUUUGUCGGAUCCGCUGACCGGAGGGCUCGAUGCGUUACUUAAUGGGGAAGAUGAUGAUGACUUCAUUGAACUGCAGAUUGUUAAACACUAUGACCCAGAGGUGAAGGUGGAAGCAUCCUGGGACUCCACAAUUCACGACUGCCCCCAGCUAAGCCGAGCGGGCUCCGCUGACCAGAGGGUGUACCUGACCGUCCGCACCGUGGUGCAGCUGAGCCACCCGGCCCACAUGCAGCUGCUCCUCAGGAAGCGCAUUUGUGUGAACGUCACAGGGAAGCAGGGUUUCGCCCAGAGCUUGCUGAAGAGGAUGUCUCAUCGCAGUCCCAUCUCCGCCUGUGGUGUCACCUUUGAAAUUGUUUCCAACAUCCCAGGUGACUUCCAUGGUCCAGAAGACAGGGAAAUGCUGGCCCGGCUGGCUGCCAGCGCCGAGGACGACCAGUCGGCUGACAGCGACGCAGCCAUAGAAAAAUACCUACGCAGCGUGUUAAGUGUGGAAAACAUCCUCACUUUGGACAGACUCAGACAGGAAGUGGCUGUGAGGGAACAACUGUCAGUCAGAGGAAAAGCUGCUGGGAGUCACCUGAGCUCUCCAGACGUCCACCGGCUGUGUAGCAGCAAUCUGGAUCUCCGCACCUCUACUUAUAAAAUCCCUAACUUGAAGGCCUGGGAGAGCCAUCAAGACCUUUGUGGACCUCCUUCAUCCAGACGCACAAACACAGAGACAAUGACGGCUGUACCCAGGCUGCUGAAGUCCUGGCUUCCUGGUGGGAAGGAUGAUGGUGGAGAUCAGACCUCCGCCCAUCAGCAGAGUUUGCCUCGCAUCGUGGUGCAGUCGCCCAGCGUGGAGGAGGACCUGAGCAACCGCCAGCAGCAGCCAGUUCCCGUCAAAGAAUCAGUCCCCGCUGACGCCCCAAUGGAGAUCCAAGGAUCUGUCCCCCUCCCACCUCCCAUAGUCCCAGAGGUGGACGACCUCUCCUCCUGCCUGGUGAACGACAGCGGCUACAUGUCGACCAGUGUUUCCACGGCGACGCUGUCAGACGUCUACACUCUGAGCUGGGACCUGCCUUCCUCCUCCGGAAAGGUUGGGGACUUCGAGGAGGAGCCAGGUGAAGAGGAGGUGGAAAAUGAGAUGAAGAAGCUCCCAGAAGGUCCAGCAGAGCCCGGGGAGUCACAAGCAGGCCGUAGCAACGAGACGGAAGAGGAAGAAGAGACAAGCGCGAAGAGUAGUCAAGAAGUCCAGGUGACAGAUGAGGUGAAAGAUGUAGCUUCAGAAACUGACGAAAAUAGCAGCUUAACAGAUCAGGCCGCUUCAGAGCAGUUUGAUCAUGUAGAGCAGCUCAAAGAACCAGAGCUGCUAGAACAGACGCACCACUCUGAACCAGAACAUCAAGAGGUGGAGGCUGCAGACCAACACAGUGAAACUCAGCAGGAGCCUAACCAAGAAGAGGCCGUUUCCGACAGCGCUGUUCCUCAAGAGGCCUCAGCUGUGCCUGAAGGCUCAACUCUACACCCAGAUCUUCCUCAGUCUCCACCUGAAGGACAAUUGAAGCUCGAUACCUCCAGCCCAAGCAACAUCUCCCUCCUGCCUUCGGCCUCAGAGGAGGUAGCAUUCUCUGAUUCUUUUGCCAAAACUGAUCCUACUCAGUCUACAAAAGCUGCCUCAUCAGCAGCCAACCCCUUCAAGAUCCAGAAAGUCAAGUCUUCAGACCUCAAGUCCUUCCAGCAGAUGGUGGGUGAAGAGGUGGGUACGCUUGCACAGGUGAACCGGGCCACCAGCUUGGGGACCGGACUGAACCUCUCAGUCCCAACAACCAAUCUGGAAAUAAUCUCCGACUCGGACGAGGGAGAUGAAGAUGCUUGUGUCGCUCUUCCUGAUUGGUUGAAGGAAGGAGAGUUUGUGACUGUUGGGACCAAUAAGAGCGGGACUGUGCGAUACGUCGGACCCACAGAUUUUGCCAAGGGGACCUGGAUCGGAGUUGAACUUGAGGUACCAGCAGGGAAGAACGACGGCUCUGUGGGUGGGAAGCAGUACUUCCGCUGCAACCCAGGUUACGGCGUGCUGGUAAGGCCUGACAGGGUAACCCGGGGCAGAGCCAAGCCCCGUCGCCAGCAGCAGAAACGCAGCAGCACCGGCCUCUCGGGGUCCAACCCCAACCUGACUUCCCUUACGGUGCUGGCUAAAGGUGAGGCUGUGGCGCCGGGACGCAAGAAGGGGGAGAAUCGCAAAUCAUGGAACACUUGACAGGCGUCGUUCGGUUCUGGACUCAAAGACUUCUUUAUUUAAAAGCAUCUUUUCCACAUUGAAAGCUUCAGAAAACGUUUUUAAUGGACGUGGGAGAAAACAUUUCCUUACUUUUAACUUAAAAAUCAGAUUGUAUUUAUUCCAGUCAUUGAAAGACGAAGCUUCAAACUACAGAUGGAGGUUUUUUUUUUAUGGCCUAAACAUUAAGUAUUUCUUUCACUAAUGCAAAGCUUUUUUUGGCUUACAGAUAUUUUAAAACCACUUUUAAUCUGAAUCGUCUGCUGGAAUGUUUUUUUUUAUAAGAAUGUGCCUUAAAGUGUUGCUUUAAAGAAUCAGAUGUUGGUUUGAAUCCACUAUCAAUUCUAAAUAAAUUCUCUUCUGCUGUC